AUGGGCAGCGACGACACUGCCAAGCACAAACGCUCUGGCACGGGACGACCGAUCCUGAUAGCUUUGGUGUUCGCGGGGGCGGUGGGGCUCUCCUACUUUGGCUCUGCCGCAGUCUUGAACCGCGGUGACAGCAGCAGUGAAACGCCAGAUGACGGCACCGCUGCAGCAGUCGGCGGGCGGAAGGCGGCGUUGAAGGCGACAGCAAAAGCUGCAAAGGUGGGCGGCAAGGACAUGAGCCCGGUGCAGAAAAUAAUGGAGACGCGGGUGUGCGGCAGGCCGGCGGUGGACGGUUAUGCGCACGUCGUGCCGUCGUGCCUGGAGGAGUCGCCCACCAACAAGUGGUGGCAGGAGAACAAGCCGCAGCCUGAUGACCUGGACAUCCACAUAGAGCGGCACGCAGACUACGAUGGGCUGGCAGUGGGCUGGGGCAUCGGCAACACCAAGGGCAGCAUAGAGGAGUGCGCCGAGGCGUGCAGGCAGCAUAAGCCCAAGGGGCCCAGCGAUGGCCCCUUUGGCAACCUGCCCUGCAAUGCCUUUGCCUGGUGCGCCUUUGACAACUGCUUCGAGCCGGAUGCGCACAAGCACGGCAAGGGCGACUGCUGGCUGAAGUUCACAGAGGGCCCAGCCAGCCCCGAGGUCAACAUGCGCGGCCGGCUGUCGCUGGCGGCGCAGAAGCGGCACCCGCAGGCGCCCAAGGAGGUGCAGUGGCACGCCGGGGUGCUGCUGCCGCAUGGGGUCACGCUCACCAACGGCAGCUGGAGCCCGCGGCACGACUGGUGA